AUAGGAUCCCCACCGCAACCUUUCAAAGUUCUGCUCGACACAGGGAGCGACCUCCUUUGGGUUCCCGAUGCAGCCUCUUCAGCAUGUCGCAAUGACACAUGUGCUGGCGGCCAGUUCACCUCCAAUGCCUCUACAACCUUUUCAGCCGCCGAAAAUGCACUUCCAUUCAAGAUAGCCUAUAUGGACGGAUCUCUAGAGCAAGGGGUAUAUGCCGCAGAUAUGGUUGGCCUGGGCGAUGUCUCGCUGACCAACUUCACCUUCGGUCUCGCGAGUACUGUCCAGAUCUCCCCGAGUAUUCCGGACGGACCACAGUUCGGCAUCAUGGGAAUCUCCUACAGCUCCGCGCGGGAAUACAAUUGUACGAACUCGGAGCAACCGAGCACUUGCGCCGUGAUUCCCACGGUGAUUGACCGAAUGCACGAUUCCGGUGUCAUUGGCUCGCGCUCUUAUUCGAUCUACUUGGACGACAUUGUCGAGCAGAAAGGAAAUAUCCUCUUCGGUGCGGUCGAUACCGCCAAAUUCUAUGGCGACCUUGUCACUAUGAACACUGUAAAGCCGCGC